AUGGCGUCCAUCAACUUCUCCAACAUUUACACAAGUGUUUUUAUCCUGGAGGGGAUCCCGAACCUUGAGUCUUCUCAUGUGUGGAUAUCCAUCCCUUUCAUUAUCAUGUACCUCACAGCUAUGUUGGGGAACCUCCUGAUGCUUCUCCUGAUUAUGGUGGAACCCCGUCUCCACAGCCCCAUGUAUUAUUUCCUCUAUACUUUGUUCCUCACAGAUAUCAUUGUGUCAAAUACAAUUUCCUUCAAGAUGUUCUGCAUCUUCUGGCUCAACCAAAAGGAGAUUACCUUCAUCUCCUGCUACAUCCAGAUGUUUUUCAUCCAUUGCUUUUCCUCAAUUGAAUCUGGAGUCCUCAUGGCCAUGGCCUACGACAGGUACAUGGCUAUCUGUAACCCUCUUCACUACACAAGUGCAUUAACCAACACAUUAAUAGUGAAAAUAGUGACAACCCUGGUGAUAAGAAGCACCAUCAUAGUGAUUCCUUGUUCUUGGAUGGCCAGUGGACACCCAUACUGCCAGAGCCACCACAUCCCUCACACCUAUUGUGACCACAUGGCGGUUGUGAAGCUAGCCUGUGCUGACAUCACCAUUGACAGCGCCUAUGGCUUAACUGCAGUCUUGUUAGUCAUCAUGUUUGACAUGUCCUCUAUUGUUGUGUCCUAUGUCUUUAUACUGAGGGCCGUUUUGAGACUUUCCACUAAGAAGGCCAAGAAAAAAGCCUUCGGAACAUGCACUUCUCACAUCUUUAUCAUUGUCAUAGUCUACACCCUGGGACUGUUCACCUUUCUCACCUAUAGGAUUGGUAAUACAGCUCCAUACAUACAUGUGAUCAUGGCCAACCUCUACCUACUCAUCCCACCAACCUUCAACCCCAUCAUCUAUGGUGUGAAGACCAAGGAGAUACGGAAAGCGAUAGCUAGGUUGCUGCUAGGUGGUGUAUUCAGGGUCCAG